AUGGCCAAGAUCAAAGAGACAUUCAAGAAAAUGUUUAGAAGUAACGCUCAUCGUAAGGCGGACUCAAAUACCGGCUCGUACCAGCUACCCCCUCCUUCCGUUCGAGGUCCAAGCGCAGCUGAAGGCAGUACCGGUACUCUCGAACCUGCCUCAGCAACUAUCAGCGCUGAACAGCCUAUCUUAUCCGUCGAACCGCCCACCUUACCUGCCGAACCGUCUCCCGAACACGUCGACUCGCCCAAACGCACUGACUUAGAAGAACUAUGGGAGAUUGCUCUUGGGCGCUUCAGCAAAGAGGGCGGGAGCAAUCUUCCUCCAUCUGUCGCGCAGACUUCACUCGAAGACUGCCUGUCUUCCUUUCAGCAGACGGUGGACGUUUUCGAACGUAAGACGGAGGAAAAGGAGAAAGUCCGCGAUGGGAUUAAGGCGAUUUUGGAAGGAAUAGAGGCGGCCUCGGGGUUGCUAGGCGAAGGUGUCAGCAUCGCUUUCCCGCCGGCGAAGACCAUCUUCACCGCUGUUGGUAUGCUGGCGAAGGCCGGGCAGAAGACUAUCAAGAAGUACGACCUAAUGCUCGAGCUACUCCAUGAGAUCGGUGCUUUUGUGGAUCGGAUGAAUGUGCACAAGAAUAACCCAAUCUCAGACGAAAUCAAAAAGAUCAUUCUCUCCUUCCUAUCCGAGCUACUGAAGGCCAUUGUCGCAUUGUCGACUUUCAUGGAAGCCAACAUUGCAGUCUCUUUCCUCAAAGAAGUUCGUGGACAGGAUGAGGAUAUUAACGGUGCGAUUAAGAAGAUGGCGAGGUUGGCGGCACAGGAGGCUGGCAUGGUCGGUGCUCUCACGAACCGGAAUGUUAAGAAAAUUAUGGAGAGGCAGGAGGACGCCCAAGAACAAAAACUCCGCGAGAAAAUCCGCAACUGGCUGUCACCGCCCGAUCCUUCCACGAACCAUGAGUUCAACCGCGCCGCUCGUCGUGGCCAAGAGGCUGGCCAGGAGACUGGCCACUGGUUCUUGCGGAGUCCGGGGUUCAUCGCCUGGAGAGACGAACGGAGCAGUCGUCCGUUAUGGCUUUACGGUAAACCCGGAAACGGAAAGAGCGUUCUAUGCUCCACGGUCAUCGACAAUAUCAAGGCGCAUUGCAAGGUCAAGCCUUCAUCCGCCCUCGCAUACUUCUACUUUGACUUUCGAGAUCAAGCUAAACUUAAUCUGAGGGGCUUGCUGUGCUCGCUCAUCGUGCAGAUGCUAUCGCAGUGCUCUACGAUGCCCGCUUCUAUCGCCAACCUCUUUUCUGAGCACGCUAAUAGCGGCAUGACCGCACCUAUCGAUCAUCUUGAGCAUGUGUUCUCCGGGCUCCUCGAUCUCUUUGAGCAUUCAUAUGUUGUCAUUGACGCUCUCGACGAGCCCUCUCGCGAUAUGCGAAAGACAGAGCUUUUGCCGUUCCUUGAUUUACUCAUAAGAAAAAAGUGCCCCAGCCUUCAUCUCAUGGUGACUAGCCGCCCAGAAUCCGAUAUCCAGUUAUCCAUGGAGAGCCUAGACCCCAGCCUUGUUGACCUUUCUACUGGACUUGUGGAAGACGAUAUCAAGAUGUGCAUUCGCCGCUUUCUUGAUCAAGACAUGGACUUCAAAUUAUGGGAUGCAGAAUUUCUUGACAGUAUUGAACUUUCGCUCACUGAACGAGCAAAUGGCAUGUAA